AUGGAUUUCUCAGAGAUAGGUGUCAAAUCCAGAAAGACAGGGUUGAAGGCUAGAGAAAAUGUUCGAAGAGAUGAACACAACAUGGAAGAUCUUGAUGACUUUUUCAGAGAAGAACAAACAACUCUGGUCAAUGAAACUUCAAAUACAAAUACAAAACCUCCAAAUGGUCGUAUAAUAUUCCCUCCUUCAAAUGAUGAUGACAUUUUACGAUCUCCAACUUCAAACCAUAGAAUAAGGAAUUCACCUUUAUUAUCACCACUUCCCUCACAUUCUCAACAACGAACUUCAUCAUCACAUUCAAGAAGUCUUACAAUAAAUAAUGACCGAAAUGACAAUGACGAAGAUGAUGAUAGUGAACAAUUUGAUGAUGCUAAUGAAAACCCUCCUCCUUUUAAUGAAGAUAAUAAUAAUAAUAAUGAUGAUGAUUCAGAUGAUAAUAUGGAAAUUGAUGAUGAAUCAAGAGGUAACAUUAAAAUGGUGAAUGACAACAACAACAAUGAUAUGUCACUAGACCUUUCGUUUAAUGAAGAUACAGAAAGAGUUUAUGCAAAUCAACAAGGCCCAGGAAGUAGUAGGAGAGAUUCACGUACACCAACAAAUACACCAAAAAGAACCCCAUUGUUCGUACCAGAAGAUGAAGAUGAUGAAGUUAAUGAAUCAAUAAUACCCAAUGACUCAAAAUCAUUUUUUCAAAGACAAAAAGAAUUGGAAAGAAAUACUACAGUACGGUCAUCUGCUAAAAAACCAAGUCGAAAUACUGCACCUGCUUCAAGAACUCAAACUCCAACUAGACUAAAACCAACAUCAUCAUUAAAAUCACCAAGAGAAGUUUCAAAACCUCGUCCUCCACCUCCAUCAUCAAAAUCAAUUGCAUCAUUAUCCAAAAAAAUGGCUUUAAAUAAAAAGAAGGAGUCUCAAAAACCAAGAACUCCACCAAGACCAAGAUCAAAAUCCAGAUCGUCAAGUGAUUAUGAAUUUAAUGAAGAUAGUGGGAAAGAAGUUGAAAGUGAAGAAGAUGAUAAUACUAGAUCAAGAAGAGAUCAGUCUCCAGAUGUUAGUGAUUCUCAAUCAGAUCCUUCAAUGCCAACAUUAGGUGAUGAUGAUGAUGAUGACGAUGAUAGUGAAGCUGAAUAUAUCAAAAAUAGAGCAAGAAAACUGGGGAAAAAAGUUGAAGUUAGUGAUGAAGAAGAUUCAGAUGAUGUCUUUGAUGAUGAACGUGGUCGUAGUCGUGACCGUCCUGAUGGUAGAGUUAACAAGUUUAAACGUGGGGUACUGGAUUCACUUUCACCUUCAAAUGAACAUGUUAUUGAUGUUAAAAGAUUGAGAAAAGAACAAGAAUCAAGAUCUGCUUCAAGAAAACCUGAAGAACAUCAACCAACAAGAAGAUCUUCAAGAGUUAGAAUCCCACCAUUAGCAUUUUGGAGAAAUGAAAGAGCUGUUUAUGAAAAAGGUAAAGGUGAUAAAGUUCCAACUUUGAAAAAAAUCAUCACUGUUGAUGAAAAACCUGAACCUAUUAGAUCAAGAAUGCCUUCAAGAGCAAGUUCAACAAGAAGAAAUAAUAAUACUAGAUCAAGACCAACAUCAAGACAACCUUCUAAAACAAGAACUACUCCAAAAUCUUCUACUAAUGAUAUGACUGAUAUUUUUGAAGAAGAUGAAAAUGACGAUGAAGAAGAAGAUGAAGAUGAACAAGCAGUUUCAAAUGGUGAAUUUAGAGGUUCUGAAUGGUUUCAACAAAAAUUCCUUAAGAUUGAUACUUUUGAAGGUCAUGGUUCAGAUGUUAAAAAUGAUAGAUUAGUUGCAUGGGCACCAGGUGCAGAAAGUUUUAGUAAUGAAGUUAGAUCAGCAACUGAUAAUUUUAAAUUGGCAAUUUUGUUUGAUAAAAAUAAAGAUUUCAUUGCAACUGGUAUGAUGUUAAUUCCACCAGGUGGUGUUAAAAGUUUGAAAAGUACAGAUACAACUUAUUUUGUAUUUUAUUGUAUUUCAGGAAUUAUUGAAGUUACUUUAUCUGGCUCUGUUUUUUUAAUUAAAAAAGGUUGUUCUUUAGAAGUUCCAAUGGGGAAUUUUUACCAAUUUGUUAAUAAAGGUAAAAAAGAUGCAACUUUAUUCUUUGUUCAAACAAGAGGUCAAGCUGAUGAAGAAUGGGAUGAUGGUGAUUAA